UUGAAAACUACACACGGCUGAACAGUGACAUCAAUCGACGUUCAGUUUGUACAGUCUGUUGUGAUAAGGUCUUUUCAAGAACUGUUUGUUUCGUGGUUCAGAUUCGUAGUCGUAAGUUACUUUUGAUCGAUCGUACGAAGAGAAGGCAUUAUAUAAUUAAAAUAUGGCUGAUACACCAUCUAAAUCUCGUCCAAUGAAAUAUCCAUAUACAACAGCUGCGCAAAUAGCACAGUUUCCAUAUCGACAUUAUAUGAAACAUAGUUGGUUAAUGAAAUACUGGAUGAUUGCUAUAGUAGUCUGUGCACCAUUAUUUAUAAAGAUUCAAAAAUUAUCCUAUGCAGAAGAAAAUGUUAAGGUAUGGAAUGAAAAGAGGAAGAAAGAAUUUGAAGGGCAUGGCCAUUAAGAAAAAACUUCAAUUAGUACAUAACAUGUUGUAACAUUAAAUGUAAAAGCAAAAAUAAAUUAAUCUAUACUCAUAUAA